CACAUAACUGCUAAUUACUCCAACCUUAAACAUUGAUUACAUUAAUUAUUAGUGCUAUCAGAGAAGCCCAGCUCUGACUUCCUCUUCUCUGUGUGCUUGAGGUUUCACAGUGUUUCCUCUCACAGUGAGAGAUGUUUGAAUGAUCACAGUAUACAAGAUAUGCAUCUGGAUCACACGAUGAAGAUCAUCCAGCUUCAGAUCUAUCUGUUCAUGUGGUCUCAAGUCACAGAGAGUCUAACAAACACAGCAGUAACUUUAGGAGCUGAUGUGAUUAUAAGCUGUGAUCUUGAUAUAAAGGAGAUUUACUGGUUCAGACAGAAAUCACCGGAUCCUCCAGAGUUCAUCUUACGCACUUACAGUAGCACAUAUGAAGGAGCUAAAUAUGAAAACAGACUCAAAUACUCAGUGAAAACUAACAGUCGUCUGUUCAUCAGAAAUAUCAGCGCUGAUGAAUUAGGAGUUUAUUAUUGUGUGAAAACUAGUGAACCACAAAAAUUCAGCAACGGCACCAAAAUCUACAUCAGCGGUGAAAUGCUUGCUGUGCCUAAAGGAGCUGACAUAGAACAAUAA